ACUUGAGAACUAAGAGAGUGACCUGGUUGACGAUCAACCAAGGAAAGCAUAGAUAUGGUGAAGCAGAAGCAACAGCUUUUGCCUCUUUUUACAUUCUCCUGUAUACUCUUCCUCCUUUCAACAGGUUAUGUCUUGGAUGCUGCUGGGGCAGAACCAUCUCAAGCCCUCAAUCGCAAGUUUUCAUUGGAUGGUAUUCUUCGUAGCGAAGAAACAGAAAAAUAUGCUGUGAUUUUCGAUGCUGGAAGCACUGGUAGCAGAGUUCAUGUCUUUCGCUUUGAUCCAAACAUGGAUCUUCUUCGCAUUGGCCAGGAUUUCGAGUUUUAUGACAAGACGAAUCCAGGGUUGAGCUCCUAUGCGGAUGAUCCUCAAGCUGCUGCACUAUCUCUAAAGGCCCUAUUGCUGGAAGGCCAAGCAGUUGUUCCAGAAGAGUUGCGUCCUCAAACGCCAGUUAAACUUGGGGCAACUGCUGGUCUUAGGAUGUUGAAAAAUGGUGCCUCUGACGAAAUUCUGCAAGCGGUGAGAGAUUUAUUCAAGAAUGAAAGCUCCCUCGAAUACAAGGCAGAAUGGGUCUCCAUUCUUGAAGGAUCAGAAGAAGCCUCUUAUAUGUGGUGCAUUCAAGUGUCAUCCACUUAUUCCGACCUUGCCCCCUCCACCACCUUCACCUCUAGUGUCGGUGCCCUCAUCGCCUAUCUCUCUCCUCGUUCCUUUCCUCCAUCGCCAGUUUAUACACCUCCAUAUUAG